AUGCCAAGUGGGCCCUACAACUCACAGUGUCUCUACAGGCUGACGUUCCAGGCAUUCUUUGAGAUGCUCCAGAGUUUGGUGAUAAAAGACCCACAGCUGGAAAAUCUUGACGCCAUUUUGAAGCACAUGGACCCCUGGUUACAGUCAGUCAAAGACCAUGAGCGGGAAAUGGCCACAGCCAGCAUGGCUGAAGUUCUGAAGUGCUUGUCCAGACAUCUCAGCUUGAAGCUUCCGCUGCGAUUCCAAAGACUUGGACACCUGGUGGCUCUGAUGGCGCUGCUGUGUGGGGACCCGGUGAAGGAGGUGGCCGAGGAGGCUGCAGAGGGCACGUACUACCUGCUGCAUAUCAUCCUGAGGCUAAAGUAUAUCACUCAUGACAAUGAAAAUCACCAAAGCUUGAGAAGAGCAUUAAAAAAAUUUCGAGAAUUCCUAGAGCUCGACAAUAUUAACCAGUUCUACAGUUGUCCCUUCAAAAUUGCCCAGGUCUUCAUAGUUUUUCUCAAUUCCAAUGAGCUCUGCCAGUUCACGAUGACUACAUUGGAUGGCCUGCAAAAUCUGAAAAAUCCCUGCAUCCAGGAAUUAGCAGGAGAAUUGCUGAUAACAUUGGCGAAAAAUGCAGUGUCCCGAUUUGAGAAGGCAACAGACGCCCUCUACGAGGUCUUUGUGGGAAACCGUCUCCAAGCAGCUACGUUCCGACUCUUCCCUCAGCUUCUCAUGACACUGCUCAUCCAGAUUCACCAUAGCGUCGGCCUCACCAUGUCUGAUGUUGCCAUCCCAAGCGGUCUGUACCGAGAACAGGAAAUGUCUUCAGAGGCCACCCCUUUGAGUGCAUUGCGGGAAAGAAAUCACCACCUUGCACGUAAGGUCAUGUACUUGUUAGUCCCGCUUCUUAACCGAGGGAAUGAUAAACAUAAACUCACAUCUGCAGGCUUUUUUGUGGAGCUUCUCCAGAGUCCGGUGGCUAGAAGACUGCCUGGCAUAUACUCUGUUGGCCAUCCAGAUACUCCUGCGGCUUGUCUGGACAAUGGAUUUCACUACCCUGGCUACCAUGAUGAGGACUCUAUUCUCCUUAUUUGGUGA